UCUGGAAGCCAUUACGUUGCGCAGCUCAGUCGAGAAAAACUUACUAUUUUUACGUAUAUUACGCACUUUUAUUCUUUAAAAAAAGUAAUAUUUCAUAUAGUCAUGGCAUCACAAGCUAAAAAAAGGAAAAUGAAUUUCUCAGAAAGGGAGGUGGAAAUCAUUGUGGAGGAGAUGGAAAAACAGAAACACAUUUUAGUUAACCACUUCAACGCUGGCGUUACUCACAUCGCCAAAAACAAUGCAUGGAUUGAGAUACUAAAACGUGUAAAUGCAGUGACUACUUGUCAAAGGGAACUGGCUGAGGUAAAGAAGAAAUGGUCAGAUUUAAAGACCGAAGUGCGGCGGAAAGUGGCCCAGGCCCGCGCUGCAAUGGAAGGCACUGGCGACUGCACCUCGGUGCCGGUCAUUCUUACUUCCAUGCAGCAGCGGAUCUGUAACCUCUUGGGAGAAGCCACGAUCAUCAGCCUUCCCGCUGGCGACGCGAGCGCAGAGAUCAGCGUUCCUGUGCCGAUGAGCUCAGCGGCUACGGUCACACUCACGCAAAGUGAGACCACGUACCACACGCUGGAGGAGGGCAUGGUGGAGUACUGCACCACGGAGACGCCGGUCACCGUGACGACGGAGGCCCCGGUGGAGGUGCUGGCGGCGGCGGUGGCGUCUGCGUCGGCGUCGGCGUCCGAGUGCUCGGCGAAGCCGCAGGAGCUCAAGUCGCGCAUCGCGCUCAACUCGGCCAAGCUGCUGCAGGAGCAGCGCGUCACCAACCUGCACGUGCGCGAGAUCGCCCAGCACCUGGAGAGCCAGAACGACCUGCUGCAGAUGAUCCGGCGCUCGCAGGAGGCGCAGGCGUGCGCGCAGGAGCGGCAGGCGCAGGCGCUCGAGGGGACGCAGGCGGCGCUGCUCGCCCUCGUCCAGAUGUUCCGGCCCGCGCUCAAGGACCUGCGCAAGCUCCUGCAGAGCACCAGCAGCCCAGCGGGGGGCGCUGUGGCGCCGGGGAGCGAGGGAGCCGAGAACAGGGCCCCCACCACCUCCACCACCACCACCACCACCACUGAACAAGCUGAGGACGCGCAGUAGACUCAGGAGUGUGUGUGUGUGUGUUUAGAUUUGUCUACUGAGUUGUGUGUGUGUGCGUGUGUGAUUAGAUUUGUUUGCUAACCUGUGUGUAUGUAUGUGUCUGUGGGUGAAAGUAGAUGUGUAUGGCUCUGUAAAGUGUGUGUGUGUGUGUGUGUGUGUGUGUGUGUGUGUGUGUGUGUGUGUGUGUGUGUGUGUGUGUGUGUGUGUGUGUGUGUGUGUGUGUGUGUGUGUGUGUGUGUGUGUGUGUGUGUGUGUGUGUGUGUGUGUGUGUGUGUGAGAUAAAGAAUGUGUAUGGCUCUGUAAACUGUGUGUAUGUCAUUCUGUCUUGGUUGGAGGAAACUGGAGUGCUUCUGUGAAGUGUUUCUCAAUGUGUGUGUGUGUGUGUGUGUGUGUUUGUGUAAAUGUAUGUGUGAGUUUUCAAAAGAAAGUGAUGUUGUGUGGAAGCGCAUUUGUGUACAGGAAUAUUAAAGUGUGUGUGUGUGUGUGUGUGUGACCUGCUCUGGGCUGUGGAGAAUGGAGCCCAUGGGCUGGUGGCUGUAGGUAUAGAGCGGUUGUACAUACAUUGGGACUGAGAUGGUCAUGGAGUUUUAUUGUGCAAAACUCUAGGAGUGUGUUUGGGACUUUAUGAAUUUUACAGCCCAUGUUGAUGGUGCAUCAAUAUUUUGUUUCAUUUUAUUUUUCAUGACAUUGUCUUCCUUCAAUGUUAAAUAACUUAUUUUUUUAAUCUUCUGAACAUAAUUUAUCAAACAGCAGAGUGGCUACGAAUAUUUAAAUGCGAAAGGUUCACUCAGUUUGAACAGGUUUGUAAGAAGUUCAUUUAAAAAGCAAGCAUUGAGUUUCAGUCAAAAGAAAAUGCUUGCUUUGGCCUUAUUUGUGUUUCAAGAUGCAUGGAUUUUGUCAGACAGAAAGCAAAUCCAAGAAGAUGUGGAUGUUCAGAGCUAAGUACAAUAUCUUUCAUUGCCAACUCAUUAAAUUAGCUGACUACCUUA